CACACUAACUCUAUAUAUGGGUUUGGUCUAAUACAAUAAUAUAAUUAAAAUGUAAUGUAUUUAGUUACGCCGCCGCUCCGUGGAGGGAGGGGUUGUCGCCCGCUGGUGACAUCAUGUCAUCUCCCCCGCCACUACCUUUCGCCUGAGAUCACGAGAUCCGAGGAGCUGCAGAUCUCUCGUCACUCGUUGAGUUCCGAGAAUAAAUCACAUGGAGAAGAGAGCCUCGACACAGUCCAGUUCUAAAAGGCAUGUGAUUUAUACAGCACGGAUCGCACUGACAACACUUUAAGCGGCACCAGAGAACAUGCACAGAAUGAAGCACAUGAAGGAGAGAGCCUCGACACAGCCCGGUGCUAAAAGGCACCAAUGUGGCCAUUGUUCAUACAGCACGGAUAGCAGUGGACACUUAAAGCAACAUCAGAGAACGCACACGGGCGAGAAGCCGUUCAAGUGUAUUGUGUGCAGAAAGACAUUUUUACAGUCAAUACACCUUCAAAAUCAUCAGAGAACACACUCAGGAGAGAAGCCCUUCAUGUGCACUGUUUGUGGGAAAUCAUUUGCUCGUCCAGAAACUCUUCAUAUUCAUCAGCGAACACACACGGGUGAGAAGCCCUUCAAGUGCACUGUGUGCGGGAGGGCAUUUGCUCAUUCAAAAACUCUUAAGAAUCAUCAGAAAACACAUACAGGUGAAAAGCCAUUUAAGUGCACCGUCUGUGAGAAGGCAUUUUUACAGUCAACACAUCUUCAGAAACAUAAGAGAACACACACGGUUGAGAAGCCAUUCAAGUGCACUGUGUGUGGGAAAGCAUUUUCAUUUUCAGAAGUGCGAACGAGGCAUGAGAAGAGCCACUGUGAGAGGAAAGUGAAAUCCCCAUGUGAAAGUCAAACUCCUGCAAUCAUUCCAUCUUGCAUGAAACAAGAAGCAGAGAAAAACAACAACUUUGCAACGUGGUCAGGAGUGAAAGUGAAAUGUGAAGAAGUUAAAUGUGAAGAAUUGAAGGUGAAAUGUGAAUAUGAAGAUUCUACUCCCAGACACGCCCACCAGGUUGAUCGAGGCAGCGUGAAGCAGGAGGAGAAUUCGGACUCUGCGGGAGAGCGAGACUACCCCCAGCAGUUUGUGGAUGUGGAGGUGUGGGUGGACUUUUUGGACAAAGGAGAGUAGGAGGGUCCAGCACAUGUGAAAUGGGGUCUUGGAAUAUGUGCAACCAAAAGCUUGAGACAAAUAAUCUCGGGUAUCCACCUUAUUAACACACUCCUCAUUACAAGAGUGCAUGUGAGUGUAGGUAACAACUAGUUAAGAGAUGCACUUUCUGUAAAUAUGUAAUAGCAGUGGAUUGGUGAUGUAUUGUCGAUCCGCAAGUAAUAGGGGUGACGUUUAAACAUAAUUUAGCAUUAUGUGUUGGUUAUGUAUGAGGUAAUGCUUAGUAUAGAUUAACUAUUGGACAUUGUUAUUCUUUGGUUCUUUCGGUAAUGUCACGUAGAUA